UGACAGAUGACAGAUUGACAAAUGCUCCUCAGAAAAUAUGGAUCACCAUAUCCACCAUCUCCAGUUUACGGACCACCAAAUCCCGCUCCGCCACCACCACCUCCUCCUCCUCAACCCAUGUAUGGACCGCCUCCAAUAUACGGCCCACCGUCCUCGGUACAGGUGUUUUAUGGAGCUCCUCAUGCUUUGGGAACCUUUUGGGAAAAACUUAAGUGGAAACUUGAUGUUUUCACAAUUGGAAAAUUGUUGUUGAAAUUAGUGUUAUUUAAAAAAUUCGUCAGUUGGGUUGCUUUGUUAUGUUUGUUAUUUGUAAUACCAACUUUGAAAAAUAAGUUUGAGUCAGCGACGUCGGGUGGUGGAAGUGGCGGUGGCGAAAGAAGUUUGAGAAAGAUAGAUGACGAAGAAUUUAUUCGAAUAUUUAAUAAUAUCAUUAAAGCUUUGGAUGCGUCCUCUUAUGAAGACAAGAGUGCUACGAGUAAAAACCACAAUUCUAGUUAAAAAUAUGACUGAUUUUGUAUGGUAAAAACUUUUAUUUAUUUAUUUAUUAUUUAUAUAAACUUAAAAAAAUGAAAAUAUUAUAAUAAAAA